AUGGGACAUGUUGCUUUUUACACAAUGAUGCGUCGAUCGAUAUUCAUGUUUUUCAUGGGACUCUUUGUCAGUUGCCUAGCUACAGAACAUGUAUUACAAUUGAGAGGAUCAUCUGUCGCUCCAGAUCCACCUGCAAGUGCUGUACUGAUCUCAGUACCAGUUAACUCCAGUGUGACGCUACGUUGUGAAAAAUCACCAAAUUUGCCGAACAUCCAGUGGUUACACAAUGGUAAUGACCUGAAUUUGAAAGUGCUGCGAGUGUCAGGAGAUGAGGCAUCGUCUAUACAUAUCGAGUGGUACUUAACGAAGCAUCAUGACGGAGUUUACGAGUGUUACGCAGGACCAGCGUCAGCGUCAAUACGAUUGAGAGGUGAAGACGAAGUCGUUUUACCUCCUGGAUUUCGAUUUUGUCAUAAAUCAGAGAACGCCGCCUGUGAUCAUACCACGCCGAGGUUGCAGUGGCGCUGUGACGGUACUGAAGAUCGAGAUGCUACCCUGGAUGGAGCGGAGAGACAUGUAAUUUGCCUGUUGACAUUCAAAAAGCCAAUCUCAUCAAUGUCCCAGUGUGUCCUUACUGUGAGUGUUUUCUCAAUAGUAUCUCAAUACAUUUGA